AUGACAAUACAAGCGAGUCAAACCGACGACACACUAAUGAUCAACUAUUCGGAUCAAAACACCACAGCACAACAAACAACAACAAACAAAUUACCAACACACGAGACUCCGCCAGUCUCACCGGGAGGAAUUUCUGGAAGUUCGGUAUUUAAAUUGUCAAUUUCACAACAAGAAAUAUCAAUGGCGGAAUUUUCUUUUCAAGAGCCGAAACUUAAAUCAAAUUUCUGGUUACCACCAACUCCACCCAAUGGAACGCAUCAAGACACAAAUUCUGAAAAAUUACACUCCAAUCCAUCAUCAUCUGUGGUCGCAUUUUCUAACAGUCAAUCUUCUGAGGUUUACUCACCUGAACAUAAUUUCUCUGUUGUUUCAUCGAAUAUUAGUGCAAAACCAAUCAUGUAUCAUCACACAUCAGUUAUUCCAACAAUGCCACCACGUCAUCACUAUGAUCAAUUAAUUCCCACUGAUGGACAUCUUUCGUUAGCUGAAAAACGAGAGUUGGCGCGUAAAAUUGCACAUUCAGCUAUUGAGAGACGUCGUCGCGAAAGAAUAAACGAUAAAAUAGUAAAACUUCAACAAUUGGUUCCAAGUUGUGCAGAUCAACCUCAAAUCCAUAAGUUGACUAUCCUUCAAAGUGCAAUUGAUUAUAUCGGUUAUUUACAAGGUUUACUCGCGGAAAAGCGAAAACGUGAAAAUAACAGCAAUAACAACAAUAAAGAAACUAGCAUUUUGGAUGAAAGGAGAUUUGCAAAGAGGGCAAAAUUGGAUACUUAUGAUAAUGACGAUACCUUGCCAGAAUCUCGAUCGACAUUACAAUCUUCUCAUUAUCAUCAAAAUUUUAAUUCAUUGUUUCAUCACGUUGAAACAAUGAAUUCAUCUGCUCCGCAUCGAACAACCGACGCUAACACCGCUCAAUUUCAGCAAAUAUCGGAUAUGAAUAAUACAUCGAGCUCUGGAAUUUCAUCGUCAACACUACCUCCGUUAAUAAUACCUUCAAUUAAUAAGAAAAUGUCAAUUUCGAGCACUUCACCGACAAAAGAUUCUUCGAUAUUAGUGGAUAAAACUGAAGCGAAAAGCAGUGCAAAAGUCAAUAUCGGAAAAAUUGUAGCAGCCAAACGAAUGUCAGUUAAAAGACAAUUCUGUGGUUGUCCUCAUAGACCAGAAGAAAACAUAGUUGUCAUCAAUCAACCCUCACGACGACCACACAGACCCAAAGCAAAAAGACGAAGAGGAAAAGGAAAAGGAAAAGGAAACGUUCAGCAACCUAUUUCUGCUGAAGCUAAAAGUAGUGCGAAAAUUGACACGGGCAAAGCAGCCAAGCGUCUACCUAAACGUGCAGUUGAAGAAAAACGUCAUUUCUGUGGCUAUCCAACCCCUGAACCUGAAGAAAACGUAAUUAUCGUCACUCAACCACCAUGUCCUGGCCCGUCACGACCACAUCCCAAAGCAAAGGCGAAAGCUCAACAACCUAUCUCGGCUGAAGCAAAAAGUAGUGCUAAAGUUAAUAUCGGAAAGGCUAAAGGCAAAAAACGAAACUCUCAAGAAACUGACGCUGAAAACGAAUUUUAG